UUUUAAUGUUGAUUACGCAAAAUUUCCGCGACUUGAGCUUGUUUAGCACGUUGUUCAUCGUAUGUUAUGACUUCGAAACGCAAGAAAAGUGAUGGAACAGCUGCAGGAGGGAAGAAAAAAGAGAAAAGAGAGGAGAACGCGGAAAUCUCGGGAAUAAUCCAGGAUGCAGAUAUAAAAGAAAAAGUGAAGGAAGCCUGGCACAGGAGGAAACCCUUCUCACAUGGCGGCUUGGUGCUGGACUGUCAACCCUUCCCGCACUGCGUGCUGAAUAACUUCAUUCAGAACGAGGGUUUCCUGGAGAAUCUACAGAAGGAGCUUCUGGCUUUAAAUUUUCAUGAGAAAUCCAACGACCUGUACAAAUUCAAACAGUCGGAUGACCUGAAGCAGAGGAAGGGUGCGCACAUACCUGGGUUAAGAACUGUGAUCUUUGACCAGUUUCGCCACUGGCUCAGCGAUGUGCUGGACACAGAGCUGGAGCCUGUGGUGGACGUUUCCUGUGCCAAGUAUGAGUACACAGAUGUGCUGCUGUGUCACGAUGACGAACUAGAGGGCAGGAGGGUGGCUUUCAUCUUCUACCUCGUCCCCCCCUGGGAGGCUAGUGAUGGGGGGACUCUGGACCUUUACAGUGUGGAUGAGAACUGCCAGCCCAAGGACGUUGUGAAGUCUUUGGUCCCCCAGUGGAACACACUGAUUUUCUUUGAGGUCUCUCCUGUCUCUUUUCACCAGGUGGCCGAGGUAAUCUCAGAAGACAAGUGUCGCCUGUCGAUGAGCGGCUGGUUUCACGGCACACCUUUGGAGCGACCUCCCCGUUAUGUGGAGCCGGCCAUCCCCCGGAACCCGCACCUCCCUCGCGAUGAGGAGCUGCUGCUGGAAUGGGUGAACCCUGUGUACCUGGACAUGGCCUACCAGGCACAGAUGCAGGAGGAGUUUGAGGAGAGCUCUGAGAUCCUCCUCAAAAACUUCCUCAAGGAAGACAAGUUUAAAGAAGUGAAUGAAGCCCUGAAGAAGACUGAGAUCCAGUGGACCAGAAGGGGCCCUCCCAAUAAGAGGAACUACGAACGGGCUGAGCUCCAGGCCCUUCCCCCGUGCGUGAGCACGUGCUGGGAGCUCCUGUCUUCCGAGGCCUUCUUCCUGUUACUAUCCAACUUCACGGGCCUCAAACUGCACUUUCUGGCACCUGGGAGUGACGAUGAGGAGGAGGAGGAGGAAGAGCAGGACUGUGCGGCAGGAUCGACUAGGUCCCUCGAAGCAGCAGCACCGGAACAGCAGUGCAGCAAGCGAAAUGAGAGGAAAAGCAAGGAGCCUAGCACUCCAGUGUGCAGAGGGGAACUGCGCCGCUGGGGAACGGGGGACUACACCCUCAUCCAUGACACAGACCUGGAUAACAUGGAGUUCGCCCUGGACCUGCUGCUUUACUGUGGCUGCGAGAAUUGGCAGUCUGACCUUGGAGGAUUCACGUCGUACAUCGCCAGCGGAGAAGAUGAGGAGCUCCUCACGGUGUCCCCAGAGGACAACGCCCUUGGGUUGGUCUACAGGGACAAGGAGACGCUCAGGUUCAUCAAGCAUGUGAAUCACAGGAGUUCCCAGUCCCUGGAGGACGGCCCUGUCCGGAGACAUUUCUACGAUUUCUCUUUUGUCUAUUAUGAAUAAAUGGACCCUCUCUGUCAGGAAGAUCUCCCCUUUGAGGACAAUGGUCAUGUGGUUUACUGUAGAGGAGGUCAAACAGGAUGGAGCUGGUCAAAGCUGUAUUUUUUGAAUUACUGCCCAGUAAACCCACAUGUGGCUACAUGGUGUUGCA